CACGCCUACCUUGGGAGGAGCCCAGCUGGGGAUGUCAGUGCCGCGCCGGACGCUAGACUUGGAGGACGUGUCAUUCAUUUCUUUGACGUAUUCAGUAUAAGAUGUUGCAAAUAAGAUACCGGUACUGCUUCCUGCUGCUCGCCCUGCUGUUCACCGCAGGCGGCGUGAGGGCAGCGGAGGACGACGAUGAUGUGGCAGGGGAGGGUACGGUGGAGAGUGACCUGGGCGCUGGAAGGGAAGGCUCUCGGACUGACGACGGGGUGGUGGCCAGGGAGGAGGAGGCAAUCAAGCUGGACGGACUGAAUGUGGCCCAGAUGAAAGAGCUGCGGGAGAAGGCGGAGAAACACGCUUUCCAGGCCGAGGUUAACCGCAUGAUGAAGUUGAUCAUUAACUCGCUCUACAGGAACAAGGAGAUCUUCCUGAGAGAGUUGAUCAGUAACGCCUCGGAUGCCCUGGACAAGAUCCGCCUGCUGUCCCUCACUGACAAGGAGCAACUCGACUCCAACCCAGAAAUGGUCAUCAGGAUCAAGGCAGACAAGGACAACCACAUCCUUCACAUCACUGACACGGGUAUUGGCAUGACCCGCAAUGAUCUGGUGAACAACCUGGGCACCAUCGCCAAGUCUGGCACCUCUGAGUUCUUCUCCAAGCUGCAGGAUUCUGAGAGCCCUGACCAGGCCAAUGACCUGAUUGGUCAGUUCGGCGUGGGCUUCUACUCUGCCUUCUUGGUGGCAGACCGUGUGGUGGUGACGUCCAAGAACAACGCAGACCAGCAGCACAUCUGGGAGUCUGAUUCUGCUGAGUUCUCUGUGGUGGAGGACCCUCGUGGGGACACCCUGAAGAGAGGAACGACGGUGUCUCUGCAUCUGAAGGAGGAAGCGUACGACUUUGUGGAGGUGGACACUGUGAAGACUUUGGUCAAGAAAUACUCACAGUUCAUCAACUUCCCCAUCUACCUGUGGGAGUCCAAGACUGAAGAGGUGGAGGAGCCUCUGGAUGAGGAUGAGGUGGAAGAAGAAAAGGAGGAGGACAAGGUUGAGGAAGACGAGGAAGGAAAGGUAGAGGAGGAAAAAGAGGACAAACCCAAGACAAAGAAGGUUUCCAAGACAACAUGGGACUGGACUCUGGUGAAUGAUGCCAAGCCCAUCUGGACCAGGAAGCCAGCGGAGAUUGAGGACGAAGAGUACAACGAAUUCUACAAGACGCUGAGCAAGGACUCCAAGGAUCCGUUGGCCAAGACUCACUUCAUUGCCGAGGGUGAGGUGACCUUCAAGUCCCUGUUGUUUGUCCCAGAAGUGCAGCCCAGCGAGUCCUUCAACAAGUACGGCACACGCACCGACAACAUCAAGCUGUAUGUGCGUCGUGUCUUCAUCACCGACGACUUCCAGGACAUGAUGCCAAACUACCUCAACUUUGUGCGGGGCGUGGUGGACUCUGACGACCUGCCCCUCAACGUUUCCCGAGAGAACCUGCAGCAGCACAAGCUCCUGAAGGUGAUCAAGAAGAAGCUGGUGCGCAAGACUCUGGACAUGAUCAAGAAGCUGGAGCCUGAGGAGUAUGAGAAGUUCUGGAAGGAGUACUCCACCAACCUCAAGCUUGGCACCAUUGAAGACUCGGCCAACCGUACUCGCCUUGCCAAGCUGCUACGCUUCCUCUCCUCCUCCUCUGGGGACAAGAUGAUCUCUCUGUCUGAGUAUGUGGAGCGCAUGAAGGAGAAGCAGGAACACAUCUACUACAUGGCUGGCUCUUCCAAGGCCGAGGUUGAGAACUCUCCCUUCGUGGAGCGUCUGCUGAAGAAGGGAUAUGAGGUGCUAUUCCUGACGGAGGCCAUCGAUGAAUACGCCGUCAAUGCCAUCCCAGAGUUUGAGGGCAAGAAGUUCCAGAAUGUGGCCAAGGAAGGACUGACCAUUGACGAGGGUGAAGGAGCCAAGGAGCGCCUGGAGGAGCUGAAGAAGGUGUUUGAACCUCUCACCAAGUGGCUCAGUGAAGACGCACUCAAGGAUGAGGUCUCCAAGGCUGUUGUUUCUGAGAGGCUCUCGGAUUCUCCCUGUGCCCUGGUGGCCAGCAUGUUUGGGUGGACAGGAAACAUGGAACGCUUGGCUAUCUCUAAUGCUCACCAAAAGACCCACGACUCUCAUAGGGACUACUACCUGAGCCAGAAGAAGACCCUGGAGAUCAACCCUCGCCAUCCUCUUGUCAAGGAAUUGCUGCGCCGUGUGGAGUCUGACCCUGCUGAUGAGAAAGCCAAGAACAUUGCUGAGAUGAUGUUCCACACAGCCACCCUGCGCUCUGGCUACAUGCUGAGGAACACUGUUGAUUUCUCAAAGUCUGUGGAGGAGAUGAUGCGACAGACACUGGGCAUUGCUGUGGACGAGCCAGUGGAAGAGGAGCCAGAGUAUGAAGAGGCAGAUGAGGAUGAGGAGCAGCUGCUGGAGGAGGAUGAAGAUGAGGAUGGAGGUGAGGUGGAAGAAAUGCACGACGAAUUGUAAAAGUUAAUGGACGUGAACCUUUUCCGUUUCCCUUCCCUCCAUUCUCCCUCCCACUCUGGUGCAAGACUGGGCAGAAGUGACCAAUCAAACGUGUAUUAAGGUUGCAACAUGCAGCUUGGGUAUUUAGAUAAUGGUGCCAUCAGAAUGUUAUGUAGGUGAAAUCUUUUUUCAAACGAACCUAGUUUGUGCGUGAAUUUUUUUUUACAUGGUUCAUAAUUCAGUUUAGUUACGAAAUGUAAUUUUUUUUACAUGGUUCAUAAUUCAGUUUAGUUACUAAAAUGUAUUCUGCUGGAAGAUCUGUAAGGCACUUGAGAGGAAAUCCAUUGCACUUUUUUUUUCACUCACUGCUGUGUUGUAUGGAGUUGAGGCAUUCAUUCACUGACUACUAUUGCUGCUGCUCUGUGUGCUUGUUUGAGUCGAGCAGUGAGGUGAGCAGCUCCCGUUUCAUACCUAGCCAAUAGUCACGCGCUACCAUGAAUGAAUUUGUACGUAUAUAUGUAAGUGGGUGAAGAACAUUCCUGUCCUUGUUUCAUGAGGACUGGUUGUCGUCGUAUGAGAGAAUUCAUAUCAUUUUCAUAAUAAAAUGUAAUGGUUC